AUGGCUCCUUAUGAGCUGCUCUAUGGCAGAAAGUAUCGUUCCCCAAUUCAUUGGGACGAGACAGGAGAACGGAAAUACUUAGGCCCUGAGCAGAAAAGUUAUGCAGAUCCCAAGCGACGGGAUGUUACAUUCCAACCUGGUGAUCAUGUCUUUCUACGAGUAUCCCCAAUGAAAGGGAUCAAACGCUUUGGAAAGAAAGGCAAGUUAAGCCCUAGGUUUAUUGGACCUUUUGAAAUCCUGGAGAAAAUUGGACAAGUUGCUUACCGGUUAGCCUUACCUCCUUCAUUGUCAGCAGUGCAUAAUGUAUUUCAUGUUUCCAUGCUGAGAAAGUAUGUGUCUGACCCAAUGCACAUUCUGAGUUAUGAGAUGUUGGAAUUGCAACCUGACCUAUCUUAUGAUGAACAACCAGUGCAAAUUCUAGAUAGGAAGGAAAAGUGUUUACAGGUAUUCUGGAAGUUAUUGGAGAGUUUGGGAUUGAAUUGA